AUGGCCCACAGAAUAAUAGCGCAAAUCGCCCUCGUCGGCGGCCGUGUCGUCGGCCGCGCCUUCGUUGAAGCCUGGCGACAAGCCCAAGCCACGCAGAAAUACGCCAAAGCCGCCGCUGCUGGCCGAGUCCCCGACGGCCAGGGCGGGGCGUCGCUCCGCGCGCACUCGGGGCUGACGCUGGACGAGGCGUGCCGCAUCCUGAACGUCAAGCCGCCGCAGGAGGGCAAGAUUGAGCUUGAGAAUGUGAUGGAGCGCUUCAAGAAGCUGUUUGACAUCAACGAUCCGAAGAAGGGCGGAAGCUUCUAUCUGCAGAGUAAGGUGCUUAGGGCGCGGGAGAGGAUCGAGGCCGAGGUGAGGGCGAAGGAGGAAAAGACGGGAGAGUGGAGGCCGAAGGUGUACAAAUAG